AAGAAAAUACUAAGUAAGAAAAUCACUUUUUUUUUCAAAGAACUGAGAUUUAUAAAUCAUCUGAAAGCUGAUAAAUGAGCUAAUAAAUAAGCUUUCCGUUGAUGUCUGGUUUGUUAGGACAAUAUUAUGGAUUAUAGAACAAUAUAUUGAAUGCAACUAUUUGAAAAUCUGGAAUCUGAGUGUGCCAAAAAAUCUUUAAAGUUGUCCAAAUGAUGCAUAUUACUUACGUUUUGAUAUAUUUACGGUAGGAAAUUAACAAAGUGUCUUUAUGGAACAUGAUCUUUAAUUAAUAUCCUAAUGAUUUUUGGCAUAAAAGGAAAAUGUAUCAUUUUGACCCAUGCAAUGUAUUUUUGGCUACAAAUAUACCCGUGAUACUUAAGACUGGUUUUGUGCUCCAGGGUCACAUUUUAGUCUUUUUCAUCCAGAGUGAGACACUGACAGUCUGCUGUGCUGCUCUUGAGUCUAAUAUGGAGUUUCACAUGAGUGUUCUGACAGAAAAUACAACAUUUGCACAGAUCCAGAGUCAUGAUGCACAAUGAAGUGUUAUUGCAUUAGAGGCAGACUGAUCUCAGACCUGCUCCAUCAUUGUGCGCUGACACCAAUCACACCCAUCUGGAAACAUCUGACUGUUGAGAUCCGAUCCGAAUUCGGCGCAGGUCGCUCCAGUCUCCACAAAGGCGUUUUCUCUGACGAACCGCUGGCGAAUUUAUCAACCCCACUACGGAGAAGGCGUGCUACUUAAUAUUCAUGAUACCCGGCCUCCCAUUGGAGGGUAAGAACGGAACGUCAGCGUGCUCGAUUAAUAUUCUAAAAUAUUCUUUGCCAUUAGACGACAACGACAUAACGUCAACAAUAUCAAAUUAAUAUUAUAUAACAGUGUAAUAAUGUUACAUACGAUAAUAUAUAACAGGAAUUUCUAAUAGCCAACCUUUGGUGCUGGAACGCAACAAAAAAUACAGACUAUUGACAUAUUACACCAUACAAUAAUUGAAAUACCAGAACAAUCCAUCGCCAUAGGAGGGAAAAGACUCAACGUCAGCGUGUUUGAUUAAUAUUCCAAAGCGCGGCGUCCGAUUGGAAGGCCACCGAGCGGCCGUAGCACGACCUGAUUAAUAUUCAUGAGGCGAGCCCUCGCCGUACUAGGAUCGGUAAUUUGGGUGCAUGCAGGCGUAAUGCGGAGAGGCGAUCCCGGCUGGAGCUUCUGUCUGCGGUUUUAUUAAAGGAGAACCGAGACAUCUUAAUGAACACAUCACACAUCACAGAACGGCGUUUGAUCAGCUGCUGCAGUCAUGGACGUGUGGAAGGGCACCGGAGGUCCUGGAUGCGGGAGGAUCUGAUGUCCACUGAUCUAUUUGGGUCAUCGGAAAAGAAGGAGCCGCUGAAAAUGCGGUGAUUUCGGUGGAAAUACGGCGUGCUUUGCCCCUAUGAAGCAAAGCUGACAUCUUCUACAGGUUGUUUGACCAAUACCCAGAACCCAGAUGGAGACGCUACUGGUUUAUUUGAUGGUUGUUGUAAUGGCAUUAAAGGCCCAGAAGAUCCAAGUAUGUCCCAAGCGCUGCAUUUGCCAGGUUUUGUCGCCCAAUCUGGCCACCUUGUGUGAUAAAAAGGGGCUGCUGUUUGUCCCUCCAAACAUCGACAGACGCACCGUCGAGCUCCGGCUGGGGGACAAUUUCAUCACGGGCAUCAAGCGGAAGGAUUUCGCCAACAUGACCAAACUGGUGGACCUGACUCUCUCUAGGAACACGAUAGGAUCUAUCGCGCCUCACGCUUUCAACGAUCUGGAGAACCUCCGCGCCCUUCAUCUGGACAGCAACCGCUUGACCCACAUAACGAACGAUACGUUUAGCGGCAUGUCCAAGCUGCACCAUCUCAUUCUGAACAACAACCAGCUCACGUACAUCUACAUAGGAGCGUUCAACGACCUUCUCGCUCUGGAAGAGCUGGAUUUGUCCUACAACAACCUAGAGAGCGCGCCGUGGAUCGCCAUCCAGCUCAUGACCAGCUUGCACACCCUAAACCUGGACCACAACAUGAUCAACUACAUUCCCGAAGGGACCUUCUCCGGCCUUCAGAAGCUCAAGCGACUGGACGUCACCUCUAAUAAGCUCCACAAGCUUCCGCCCGAUCCGGUCUUCCAGCGCGCUGGCGUUCUGGCCACGUCGGGCGUUUUGGGUCCGUUGUCUUUCGCGUUGAGUUUCGGUGGAAACCCGCUGCACUGUAACUGUGAGUUGUUGUGGCUUAGACGUCUGCGGCGCGAGGACGACUUGGAGACAUGUGCGGCUCCUCAGCAUCUCGCCGGACGCUACUUCUGGACCGUAUCCGAGGAGGAGUUCCUGUGCGAGCCGCCUCUCAUCACCCGACACUCGCAGGAGACCCGCGCGCUCGAAGGACAGCAGGUUUCCUUGCGCUGCAAAGCCCGCGGCGACCCGGAUCCCAUCAUCCACUGGAUCGCCCCCGACGGGAAGCUGGUGUUCAACUCCAGUCGCACCGUGGUCCACUCGGACGGAACGCUGGACAUCCUGAUCAGCACGGUGAAGGACUCCGGAUCGUUCACCUGCGUGGCGUCCAACCCGUCUGGAGAGGCGCAGCAAACGGUGGAUCUGCUCAUCACCAAACUUCCACAUUUCACCAACGACACCAGUAUGGUCCAGGAGCCCGACCCAGGAUCGUCCGACAUCGCCACCUCGGCCAAGACGGGCGGAGACGGAGGCUCUUCAAUGGGUAACAAGGGUGGACAGGAGAAGAGGGUCCUGAUCUCUGAGAUCACCUCGUCCACAGCUCUGGUGAAGUUCAACUUUCAGAGGAAUAUUCCAGGGAUUCGGAUGUUCCAGGUCCAAUACAAUGGCACUUACGACGACUCGUUAGUGUACAGAAUGAUUCCUCCGACCAGUAAAAGCAUCACGGUCAACAACCUGGCCGCAGGAACCAUGUACGACCUUUGCGUUCUGGCCAUCUACGACGACGCCAUGACCACGCUCACGGCCACGCGCGUGGUGGGCUGCGUUCACUUCGCCACCGAGCCGCAGUACCUGCGUUGCCACUUCAUGCAGUCGCAGUUCCUCGGCGGCACCAUCGUGGUCAUCAUCGGCGGCGUGAUCGUGGCGUCCGUGCUGGCCUUCAUCAUCUUCCUCAUCGUGCGCUACCGGGUGUGCCAGCAGGAAGGGGCGGACAAAGGCGUGGAGCUGGGCGACGUGCGCUCGCAGUCCGAGCAUCAGGUCUGCGGCAUCAUCAAGUCCAUGUCCAAGCAGGUCCUGGGUCCGGACGCGUGCCGGAAGGUGUCGCCGCAGAGCGAAUCCGUCCCGUCCCGAGCGUCCAAGCCGGCUCUUCCGGACUGCACCGUCACCACGUCCGCCGCGAGCCACAGCUGGCACCCCGCGUCCCCCAGCCCCGUCCGUCCGGCGCGCACGGACACGCAAGCCAACGUAGAGCCGGACAACACCAACAAGAACAACUCGGCCAAGGCGCAUCCCACCGUACGCGCCUACUCCACCAUGGUGACGCCGGCGUCGCGCAGAGCGCAGCUCCAGAACCUCCACAACUACCAGACGGUCCCGGUGGGCUGCGUGCGCGUCAGCCGCCGCCACUCGCUCAACGUAGACUCGUGCAAACAGCCGGCGUACGUGAGCUACCAGCAGCCGCUGCGCUCCAAACGCAGUCUGUCGAUGAGCGGCGGCGACAUUCCCCAGAUGGACGCGGCCGAGAGACGCAGCGGGAGAUCCUCGCUGUCCCAGUCCGAGUGGGUUCUGGAAAGCACAUUAUAAUGGAGGAUUUUGCACUUCACUUCUGUGGUUUUUAAUAGCGUUUCAGGCCACCGUACGUGUGUUAUAGUCUCGGACCGUCAAGUAUCAGACUUACGGAGAGGACAAUGUUUUUUAAGCACAAAUUAAAUACUGUUUCCUGCAUAUAGUAAAAUAAUACUACGACUUGUAUAUUUCUUUGUUUUAUGGAAUAAUACACAGACACUGCAUACGAACAUGUUACGUUGUGUAAAAUAAAAUGUGAAAACGAUGCGCGUGUUGAUGUUAAUUGCGACUCGCGAUGCUUUUUUUUUGCAAAUAAAAGACAGAAAAGGCGGCAAAAUGUCUGCGGCAAAUAUUGAAGAAUCCUGUGAUUGGAAUAUACUUUGAAAAAAUAUAUCGUUUUUUUGAAGGUAAAUCUGAUACGUUUAGACCUUUUUAAAACCAAGGAAGGAAGAUUUAAAGAUAUUUAGGGAAUUUUUUUGUCGUUUUCCAAUGCAAAUGUCUACAAAUCAAGAUACUUGAUUUACUUGAGAUACAAAAUGACUGAAGAUAAAAAAGUCUUGUUUUCUGAGAAAUUGAUCAAAACUAAGUCAGUCAAUGGACCAUUCUGUAAAAAAAAAAAAAAAAGAA